CCAAGCCUGUGUGAUUGCAGCCAGAUCAACGGGGGCAAGCUGGUGCUCGCUGGUGUCACAGUGAGCUGGAGCAGGGUGCAGGGACUGCAAGGAGCAGAGGUGUGGGGGCUUCAUCAGACACGUGUCGCGGGGGCCUGGACUGCGCGCCCAGGAGUUCCGACCAGCAUCCUCCUCCAUCCUGCACACAGUAAUGGGCUGUCCCGGAGGGGAAAUGCAUCCUGAAUGGGGCUGAGGCCUCCUGCGUGGGAAUAUGCAUCCUCGGGGCCGCGGGGGCAGCAGCAGGGCAGCGGCCGGCGGGGAUGGUGGCGACCGUCAAGAUCGCUGUGCUGGGAGCCCAGGGCGUGGGCAAGAGCGCCAUAGUCCGGCAGUUCCUCUACAACGAGUUCAGCGAGGUCUGUGUGCCCACCACGUCCCGCCGCGUCUACCUGCCCGCCGUCGUCAUGAACGGCCACGUCCACGACCUGCAGAUCAUGGACUUUCCCCCCAUCACCGCCUUCCCCGUCAACACCCUGCAGGAGUGGGCAGACGUGUGUUGCAGGGGGCUCCGGAGCGUCCAUGCCUACAUCCUGGUCUAUGACAUCUGUUGCUUUGACAGCUUCGAGUACAUCAAAACCAUCCGCCAGCAGAUCCUGGAAACGAGGGUCAUUGGCACUUCAGAGACGCCCAUCAUCAUCGUGGGCAACAAGAGGGACCUGCAGCGGGGCCGGGUGAUCCCGCGCUGGAACGUCUCCAACCUGGUGAAGAAGACGUGGAAGUGCGGCUACAUCGAGUGCUCGGCCAAGUACAACUGGCACAUCCUGCUGCUCUUCAGUGAGCUCCUGAAGAGCGUGGGCUGUGCCCGCUGCAAGCACGUCCACACCACCAUCCGCUUCCAGGGCGCCCUGCGCAGGAACCGAUGCACCAUCAUGUGAGCCCCCCAACCCUGAUGGACCCCCCGGCUGUGUCCCCACAGCCACCCGUCCUCGGGGACCACUGGCCUCACUGUGGGGGUGAUGUGGUGGGGGGAGCUGUACCAGAGGCACCUCGGGGUUUGCUUCCCUGCCAGCGCUGGCACCCUGCGGUGACAUUUGGGGACAGAGGACCUUGGGUGCAAGGCAGGGUGAUGUGGUGGCCACUCAAGCGGGUGGGUGGCUGGGCUGCUUGGAGGUAGCGAGGAGUGAGGAAGGACCCUGAGCCCUUCCUGAGCCUCCAGCACUUGGGGCCAAAGGUCUCCUGGGGAGCUGGUGUUUCUGUUGUGCCCAGACCACUGCGUGGCACUGGAGGGGUGGAGCAGGUGCUGCAGGUGGUGCCCAGAUGUUGACUAAUGGGUCUGUCCUUGCCCGGCUCCUGCCCCAGCAUUGCAGAGCAACACUUGCUGCUGCCCCCCUGUCACCCAUCCCUGGAAGAAACUGACCCAGUGCCUGUGUCCUGAAGCUGAGGGUGGCUCCAUCCCUGGGACACAGUGGAGGUUAGAGCCCCAUUUUCCUCCCUGCAGAGCUGGGGUUUCUCCCCACUGAGGGCAGAGCAGCCUCCAGCAAGAGGGCUCUGUUUUGGCUCAGUUGGGUCAGGUUUCCAUACAGAAUUUUAGAUGAGAGCAAGAAAGCAGGGGGAAAAAUUAAAAGACCCCAUCCUGCCCCUAACAUCCUGGGUCCCAGGUGCUGCUUCCCCAGGGCUUCAAGUUCCCUUUCUGCCCUGGUUCAGCCAAGGAAGGCUUCUCCUCCCCCACCAGCCUGUGGAACACCAAAUAUCUUGACACACUCCUUGCUGGGCAGCUCACCCCAUGCUACCUCGUGUCCUGGGCUCAGCAGGCUCUGCACGGCCCCCUCAGCCCCCAGGGGCCCCCCGGGCAGGCAGGCAGCCCCCCAUGCCAUCACACCCCACUGGCAGUACCACCAGGUGGGUCUGACCACAGUGGGCUUUCUCCCAGUGACAACUGCCUCCGUCCAGGUGACAUGGUGGCACUGGGAAGGCAGCCUCCGAAGCAAUAGGGAGCUGGAGUUGCAUUUCCAGUUGCAUUCUUGUUUUAUUUUCCUUUAACUCUGCAAUUUCCCAGUAGGAAAGUGUGUCCCUCAUUAAUUUAUUUAGUAAUUAAUCUUUUGUCUUGUUUUCACCCCAGCCUUGCAGCUCACCCACACAAUGUCCUGCAGAGUAGGUGACAAAGUGCAGCUCCUGGUAGGAAGCAGCCUUGGGGCGGUGAGCAAGGGCCCCAGGGGGUCAUGGUUCCUUCUCAGCUGCUCCCUGUGGGACACUUGGUAACUGUCCUUGCCCCCCGAGGCAGGAUCUGGGGCUGGUCCAUCCUCUGGCAAACCCAUCUCUGUGGUUCCUCACCCCUCCCCAGCCAGGUUUCCACCCCAUGGAGCCCCGUGCUGCUCUGGUAACGCUCUGAUCAGAGCAGGUCCCAGUGCCUCCGGCACAGAGUGUUUCACCACCCCAUCCCUGCUGCCAGGCCGGUGCCACGGGGCUGGGGUCGUCCUGCUCCUCCCUUCCAACCCCCAGCAGCUGCCUUGGGAACCAGACCCCGUUCCCCUUGCUCAAAAAAAGAAAAAAAAAAGAAAAGAAAAAAAAGAGAAAUGGCAAUGGGGAGACACGGGGCCAUCCCGGGCAGCUGCGAGAGCAGCAGGCAGUGGCACUUGUCACCAUCCCUUGCCUUCAUGGCAAACCUACUGGUCCCCCCAGCCCCCUAUUACCAGGAUUUGUUAAUAGCAGUAAGUCCAGGUGAUGGGUCUCUGGCUAGCUUUAUCCCCCCAAAUUCUUUGAGAAGGAACCUCUUGGUAAAUGCUAAUAAUAAAGCAUUUAUAAAGUGCUCCGACGUACACAUAUCAACAACUAAGCCAAUACAUUGUUACACCCCUGUAGCCUGUGGUUUAUAGCACAAUUAGUUACAGGUUUUUAUAGCUUCUAUUUAGUAUUUUGAAAAAACAAACAACAAAGGUUAUAAAUAUAAUUGUUAUAUUCUAUUGUACUUUAUAGACAGAGAAAGUUACAUUAGUAACAGUAACUCUCACUGCUUUGACAGCGUUUCCCAGCUCCCAAGAAAAUGAGGGCUACAAAGAGCUACUUUCCCACGAGCCCAGGAGGGGGGGUGGGGAUGGCACC